CUUGUUUUCGUACGAAUAGAAAACGUUCGAAAGUAUGCCUCAUUCGUAUCCUUGGUUUCGUACGAAAGAAAUCUAUCCAUUCGAACUUUCGAACAUCGUUCGUUCGAACGAAUUGUCCUAUCCUUGUUUUCGUACGAAAGUGUUUUUUCGCCUGUCAGUCAAACGUUAAUGUUGGGUUGCGAAUCAGACGAAGCGUAGAAGAAAAUUCAAUCGAUGUUUACGUUUUUGUGGUUUAUUCAGGUGAUGUGGUAUGUAAAAGUUCAUUUUCUUUUAUGUUUAAUUCUGAAAUUCUAUGUGAUGUGCUUUAAUGUUUAUUUGAAUUACAGUGAAAAAUUGCUGUAGAAGCAGAAAGAAAGACAUUUCCAAUAGAAUAUUUCAACUCUAAAACCUAGACGAAACAGAACCUGGAUAGAACAAUGUCGAAACCAUCGAAAUCCAAAAGCACAAACAAGGAUCAAUACAGCCGACUGGUUGAUCUCUUGGAAGAGCAGCCGGAUAUCGCGAAGGGUUUCGCGAAAUGCAAUGCUUCUCCCUACUGGAAUUCUGUGGCAGCCGAGUUGAACAGUCUUGGGCCACCAACUAAAGAUUCAACUGCGUGGAAAAAGGUCUGGUUCGAUUGGAAAUCGAACACGAAACGCAAGCUAGCCCACAACCGUCGCGAGCAAUUUGCUACAGGUGGGGGUCCUAGUAAGUUUAUUGAACUUACUGCGCUGGAGGAACGAGUUGUUGUUCUUGCAGGACUUGCUCCAGCAGUUGAGGGCAUAGCCGACACUUGCAGUUUCGGGCUAGAACCUAGCGCAAAUCAAUCAAUUCAUGACAGUGGGGAAUCUGCGUCGAUUGAAGAUAAUCGAAUUCCGGAGGAUAGAGCCAAUGAGAAUAAUGAGACGCAUACAUCGAAGAAGAGGAGGACAUCAAUGCACACAUUGCUGGAGACACAAGUGCAAAACCAAGCAACGUUUCAUGACUCGGUCACCAAUAUUCUAAAAUGCUUUGAAAAAAAAACUGCUGAUUUGGUUCAUUAUAACAGACAGAUUUCGAAACAGUUAGAGAACAUAAACGAAACUAUCAACAAUGUGCUGAUGGAAAAUCAGAGGCACAAUCUGGAAUUAGAGAGAAUUAAUCUGGAAAAACUGAAAAUUAAAAAAAGGAUUCUUGAGAUGGAAUUAAGCCGUCUACAAUAGACAUUUCGAUUUUAAAACAAAUGUGAAUGUAAUGUAAUGUGAAUGCUAAGCUAUGUUGUAAUUUAAUGACAUGAAUUUUAAAAGUAUAUAUUGUAAUGUGAAUAUAUUACAUUUUCGAAUGUAAUAGUUAAAAACUACUCGAAAAAUUAGAAGUGCGAUAUCGAAAAUUUAAAUAAGGUUGUACCUUCGUGAGAAAUUAUCACAUGCAAAUAAAAAAUACAUAAUUUCAAAACUACAUUUAUGUAAGGUCUACUUAUUGCUUUGAUAAAUAUAAAAUUCGAACACCAAUCUUUCAGAGUACCAAAAAUCGAUUCUUUGUAGUGUCUUAUAAAAUAUACAAGUACUAGUGUUUGUUAUAAUUUUUAAUAAGAUGCUGAAGAUUUCAUUUUGAUUCGUGUCGCCGUUAUGGUUUUCUGAUUGUUCAAAGCUUUGAUAGCAUUAGUGACGAACCUGAUCGAGUUAAAACUACACAGUUCGAUUGACAAACUAAGAAUCAUUUUUAUUUCCUGUCUGAGCUAUAAAGAUACAGUUCACUUUUCAAUGCUACUUAUAUUAAACAAAGUGGCCUAUUGUCCUAGAUCGGUCAAGUCAAUGAACAACAACACACGUUAAAUAAGUAAUGCUAACAUC